GUUAAGCAUUAAAGAGUGAAUAUUGAGAAAGUCUUUGAUAUUUGAAUUUCAUAUUCAUGCUAAAGCAUUGUGAAGUGAAGUGAAGUUUGUGAAGUACUUUUGUUUACUUGGAACUAGUUUAUUAGGCAGUCAUUACUGAAACCCUGGCAAACAAAGUGAGAACUACUUAGUUAGUCUGUGUCAUAAACGGAAGCAUAUGUAUAUAUAAAGUCGCUUUUGGUAUCGUAAACAGGCGGCAGCGUCUCCAAUAAAAUGAUAAACUUUGGUAAUGCUAUUAGAUCGAGCCAGUUCAUAUCGUUCAGUCUAUAUCGAACAUUCGGGGAAAUAUGUCUUCAAAAUUGCGAGCUGCUUAUUACUUCUUUUGGUGCAACCAAUACUCCUCUUUGCUUGGCAGGACUACAAGGACUUCAAGGUGUUUGAGCUGCAGUCGCCUCAAGAUGAACAGGAGAGUCUUGUAAGGAAGUUGUCCAAGGAGAAGCCGCUUUGGGAUUUUCUGCGUUCAACUGGAAAUGGAACUGUGAAGGUUAUAGUUCCUCCCGGAGAAGCCGAUGAUUUGGUUAGCAUUCUUGAAGAAUACCUCGUGGAACACCGACUGCUGAUCCAGGACUUAGCACCCUUAGUGCAGGCCCAGAGAGCAGACAAUCUAAAGAGAAAGCAGAGGAUUCAGUUGCCCCAUCUUGAUGUCCUGCAAGCCUUUUACACUCACUCGGAAAUCAAUGAUUAUCUGGACACUCUGCCUGCACUUCCAAAGAGAGCUCAGGUGAAGCAGUUUGGUUGGAGCUAUGAGAGACGACCCCUGAAGGUUCUGACCAUCACAAAUGGCGAUGGAAGGCAGAACAAGCCCGUGAUCCUGGUCGACGGCACUGUUCAUGCCCGAGAAUGGAUUUCACCCUCGAUGGCCCUCUACAUUAUCCAGCAGCUGUUGGACAACUAUGUGGAAAACCAGGAGCUCUUAGCGGACUUUGACUGGGUCAUCGUGCCCGUGGUCAAUGCGGAUGGCUAUGAGUACACGCAUACGGAUUCACGAUAUUGGCGAAAGACCCGUCGUCCCACAACCAAUCCGGAUUGCGUGGGCACUGAUCUGAGCAGAAACUUUGGCUAUGAGUGGGGACACGACGAGGGAUCCUCACCAGAUCCUUGCGAGGACAUUUACCGGGGCGAGCCCUUCGAUCAGCCAGAGUCACAGGUUCUGAGAGAUGUCUUGCUUCAUUAUAGUGACAGGCUUACAUGGUAUCUAUCACUUCACUCCUACGGAAACUACUUUCUACUGCCUUGGGGAUAUACAAGUAAGUUUAUAGAUACACUACAGGACAUGAUGUCCGUGGCGGAGGCCGGCGCCAUGGCCAUUAUUCACUCCACCAAUGUCUACACUUGGGGCAGCACCUACUACGUCCUUUAUCCUACAUCCGGUGACACGGCGGACUUUGCUCUCGGAGUGGCCAAUGCCACGGUGGCAAUGACCAUGGAGCUGCCAGCAGGAUUCCUAGGCUUCGAUCCCUGGGUCUCGCACAUCGAGGGCCUGGUCACGGAGAGUUGGGUGGGUGUGCGGGCCAUGGCCAUGGAGGUGAUAAGACGCUACCCGGCGUAAUCUCCCAAUAAUAGGGCUGUAAAUAAAGAGACAUU